CUAGAGCGUCGCACACAAGAACCCGGAAGUCGCCUGCGGAUAGUUUAGUUCUAACGCUCUAUGGUGUGGGGGAGGGUGAGGAGGAAAGAAAUAAUAUAUUCUCCCCCCUCGUUAAGAUUUGAAGAAGCGAGCAAAUGGCGCUAACCGACUUCUUAAAUGUGACCCAUGAUGUAUUCAAUUUCACCCUUCAUACCACCCUGGCCCUCACCACGAAACUAGUGCUUCCUACACCUGCCAAACCAAUCCUUCCAGUGCAAACUGGUGUCCAGGCUCAACAAGAAGAACAGUCGAGUGGCAUGACUAUAUUCUUUAGUCUCCUUGUACUAGCUAUCUGCAUCAUAUUGGUGCACUUAUUGAUAAGAUACAGACUACAUUUCUUGCCAGAGAGUGUUGCUGUUGUUUCUCUAGGUAUCUUGAUGGGUGCAGUUAUAAAAAUCAUAGAAUCUCAAAAGCUGGCCAACUGGAAGGAAGAAGAAAUGUUUCGUCCCAAUAUGUUUUUUCUUCUUUUACUUCCGCCAAUUAUAUUUGAAUCUGGGUAUUCAUUACACAAAGGGAACUUCUUCCAGAACAUAGGCUCCAUCACCUUGUUUUCUGUAAUUGGGACAGCUAUUUCAGCUUUCAUAGUUGGCGGAGGAAUUUACUUUCUUGGUCAGGCUGAUGUAAUUUAUAAACUGAAUAUGACCGACAGUUUUGCAUUUGGUUCCUUGAUCUCUGCUGUUGAUCCCGUAGCUACUAUUGCUAUCUUUAAUGCUCUUAAUGUGGACCCUGUGCUUAACAUGCUAGUCUUUGGGGAAAGUAUUCUCAAUGAUGCAGUCUCAAUUGUCCUGACAAAUACAGCAGAAGGUUUGACAAGGGAACAUACGUCUGAUGUAAGUGGAUGGCAAACCUUUUUACAAGCACUAGCUUACUUCCUGAAGAUGUUCUUUGGUUCUGCUGCACUGGGGACUCUGACUGGCCUUAUUUCUGCAUUAGUGCUGAAACAUAUUGAUUUACGAAAAACUCCUUCCCUGGAGUUUGGAAUGAUGAUUAUCUUUGCUUAUCUUCCUUAUGGACUUGCAGAAGGAAUUUCUCUCUCAGGUAUCAUGGCUAUCUUGUUUUCUGGCAUUGUAAUGUCUCACUAUACCCAUCAUAAUCUUUCUCCGGUUACACAGAUCCUAAUGCAGCAGACACUGAGAACUGUUGCAUUCAUGUGUGAAACAUGUGUUUUUGCAUUUCUGGGCUUGUCAAUUUUUAGCUUUCCUCACAAGUUUGAAAUGUCCUUUGUCAUCUGGUGCAUAGUACUUGUCCUUUUUGGAAGAGCAGUCAAUAUUUUCCCCCUCUCUUAUCUGCUUAAUUUCUUCCGUGAUCACAAGAUCACUCCCAAAAUGAUGUUCAUCAUGUGGUUUAGUGGCUUACGUGGGGCAAUUCCUUAUGCCUUGAGCCUCCACUUAGGCCUGGAACCAAUUGAGAAGCGGCAGUUGAUUGGCACCACAACAAUCAUCAUUGUGCUGUUCACAAUCUUAUUGCUGGGUGGAGGAACAAUGCCUUUAAUCAGACUGAUUGAUAUUGAAGACUCCAAGGCCCGGCGGAAGAACAAGAAGGAUAUCAAUCUCAGCAAGACAGAGAAAAUGGGAAACACCAUUGAAUCUGAACACUUGUCUGAACUCACAGAGGAAGAGUACGAAGCCCAUUAUAUAAAGCGGCAGGAUCUCAAAGGGUUUAUGUGGCUUGAUGUCAAAUAUUUGAAUCCUUUCUUUACCAGACGGCUUACCCAAGAGGACUUACAUCAUGGGCGCAUACAGAUGAAAAGCCUCACCAACAAAUGGUAUGAGGAGGUGCGACAAGGACCUUCUGGAUCAGAAGAUGAUGAGCAGGAGUUGCUGUAGCAGGCUGGUAUGUGUGUGCACUUCUGCUGACACCUCCAAGUUUAGUUAUAAGGCAGACAGUGUUAUACACACAUCCCAGAUACAACUUGGUAGGGUUGUUGUCAAGUGACUCUUUGCCCAGUAUAAAGUUGUGUCACGUGCUGGAAUGCAAGAUCAUCUCUAAUGCCAUUCUUUUGUUUACUCUUUUGAAAUUAUGACACCUUUCCAGGCAGCAAUUAUCCCAAAUGCAUUAGGAUAAUUAGAAACAUGGGUGGUACUGACUGUGAUUUUCUGCUGUAAAUGUAUGUUAAAGAAAAUUCUGUAGGAGAGCUUUAAAAAAGUUUAGUGCACUUUACUAUACUUUUGCCAAUGUACUGGCCCAGUACUGGAAGGACAAUGCUGUGAAUUUGUAUCAACAGUGAGCAAGUAAGUGUAUAUUUAAGGCCUAUCUUAUAUUGCUCUUGAAAUAUAUAAUGAACUCAGGAUGCAGAGUAUGAACACUGACAGAAGGCAAAAGCAGCUAAUUAAAGCCUCUUGGCCUUUGGGAUUUCUAAA